GAAGUAGGUGUGUUGUACUGCGCAUGCGCCAAAGGCACUAGGUUUUUUGCGUUGUGUUUACAGCCCUCAAUGCUGUUGCAGAUGUAGCUAGCUUCCUAGCUAGCGCAACGUUAUGGUAACCGUCUUUGGAAUAACACACAAUUGUCGAAACAGGUGAUUUUACUCAUUUCCCCCUCCAUUCAUGAGCCUGGCUUGGUUUAGCUGUCAUGGAGGACAAGGCCUCGGUGGGGAAAAUUAGCGUGUCGUCCGACUCCGUGUUCACCCUGAACAGUGAGGACUUUGUGCUGGUGUCGCGGCUGGACGACACCCCAGGCUCCUCCACUAAUAACGGUAGCGAUGACGAAAAGACUGGACUGAAGGUGAUUUCUGAGGAAGGGGUCAGCUUUAAGAUUGUGGGGAACGGCAGUGAACAGCAGUUGCAGAAGGAGCUGGAGGAUGUUCUGAUGGACCCCUCUGUAGCUGAGCAGGCGCUGGGUGGUGGCGUCCCCAGUGGUGGCGGUGUGGACCAGGCAGGCGGGGUAGACCAUGUUUUGUCCCCCGCCAUGGCAGCACCACCCGAGCCCCAACCGUGCCCUGACCUCCUCGGCACCCCGCCCAAAGUUGAGAUGGUGUUACCCGUACAAUCUGCAGCGCAGGAGAGUGAGCUGAAUGAACGAUCUUACCGCGGGGAUGAGUCGUCAUCGGAGUGCAGCCCCAGUACGCCCAUUCCAGACGAGGACAGUGUGGUCUUUAAUAAGCUGACCUACCUGGGCUGUGCCUCGGUCAACGCUCCCCGCAGUGAGGUGGAAGCGCUCCGUAUGAUGACCAUACUCAGAGGGCAGUGCCAGCUACCCCUGGACGUCACCCUGUCUGUGCCUGGAGUCUCAGAGGGCACCGUCAGGUUGCUGGACCCCCAGACAAGCACAGAGAUAGCCAGCUACCCCAUCUACAAGAUCCUGUUCUGUGUGCGGGGUCACGACAGCACGCCAGAGAGUGACUGCUUCGCCUUCACGGAGAGCCAUUACAACGCAGAGAUCUUCCGCAUCCACGUCUUCCGUUGUGAGAUCCAAGAGGCGGUCAGCAGGAUACUGUACAGCUUCGCCACGGCCUUUAGGCGGUCCACCAAGAAGACGCUCCUCUCGGGCUUGGCUCCACCCCUGACUCCAGACAGCGACGUCUUCACCUUCACCGUCAGCCUGGAGAUCAAGGAGGAUGAUGGCAAAGGGACCUUUAGUGCUGUGGCGAAAGACAAAGACAAGAACAGCUUCAAGCUGCGUCCGGGAAUGGACAAGAAGAUCGUCAUCUACGUUCAACAGACGUCUAAUAAGGAGCUGGCCAUAGAGAGGUGCUUCGGCCUCCUGCUGAGUCCAGGAAAGAACGUGAAGAACAGUGACAUGCACCUGCUUGACCUGGAGUCGAUGGGGAAGUCCUCUGAUGGGAAGUCCUACAUCAUCACAGGGAGCUGGAAUCCCAACACACCUCAGUUCCAGGCCGUUAACGAGGAGACACCCAAAGAUAAGUUCAUGUACAUGACGACGGCGGUGGACCUGGUGAUCACCGAGGUGGAGGAGCCGGUUCGUUUCCUUCUGGAGACCAGGGUCAGAGUCUGCUCUCCCAACGAGAGGCUAUUCUGGCCCUUCAGCAAACGCAACUACACCGAGACCUACUACCUGAAACUCCGACAGAUGGAGCGUAAGAGUAACAACGAUACCCUGUACGAGGUGCUGAGCCUGGAGAGUGAGUCAGAGAGGGAGAGGAAGAAAACCACAGCCAGCCCCAACAUCCUGCAGUCUUCCUCCCACGGCUCCAUGGUGCCAUCGCCUCCCGAGGAUGAUGAGGAGGAAGACAAUGACGAGCCUUUGCUGAGUGGCUCGGGAGACGUGUCAAAGGAGUGUGCUGAGAAGAUCCUGGAGACCUGGGGAGAACUGCUGUCCAAAUGGCACCUGAACUUGUCGGUGCGUCCCAAGCAGCUCCCGGCGUUGGUACGUAGUGGCGUACCAGAGGCCCUCAGGGGAGAGGUAUGGCAGCUCCUGGCCGGUUGCCAUAACAAUGACCACCAGGUAGAGGAGUACCGCACCCUCAUCACCAAGGAGUCUCCCCAGGACAGUGCCAUCACCAGAGACAUCAACAGGACUUUCCCAGCUCACGACUAUUUCAAGGACACUGGAGGAGACGGCCAAGACUCACUCUACAAGAUCUGCAAGGCCUACUCAGUGUAUGAUGAGGAGAUUGGCUACUGCCAGGGGCAGUCUUUCCUGGCUGCGGUGCUGCUGCUGCACAUGCCUGAGGAGCAGGCCUUUAGUGUCCUGGUCAAGAUCAUGUUUGACUAUGGACUCAGGGAGCUCUUCAAGCAGAACUUUGAGGAUCUACACUGCAAGUUCUUCCAGCUGGAGCGACUCAUGCAGGAGUACAUCCCAGACUUGUAUAACCACUUCCUGAACGUGGGUCUGGAGGCUCAUAUGUAUGCCUCUCAGUGGUUCCUCACGCUCUUCACAGCCAAGUUCCCCCUCUACAUGGUGUUCCACAUCAUAGACCUGCUUCUCUGUGAGGGCAUCAGUGUGAUCUUCAAUGUGGCUCUGGCUCUCCUGAAGACCUCGCGAGAAGACCUGCUGGCGACUGACUUUGAGGGGGCGCUCAAGUUCUUCCGAGUCCCGGUUCCCAAACGCUACCGCUCAGAGGAGAACGCUAAGAAACUUAUGGAACUGGCCUGCAGCAUGAAGAUCAGUCAGAAGAAGCUGAAGAAGUACGAGAAGGAGUACCACGCCAUGAGAGAGCAGCAGGAACAGCAGGAAGCUCCCAUUGAGAGAUACGAGAGGGAGAACCGUCGUCUCCAGGAGGCUAACAUGCGUCUGGAGCAGGAGAAUGAUGACCUGGCCCAUGAACUGGUCAGCAGCAAGAUCGCCCUGCGCAAGGACCUGGACAACGCUGAGGAGAAAGCAGACGCUCUGAACAAGGAGCUGUUGAUGACCAAACAGAAGCUGGUGGAUUCGGAGGACGAGAAGAGGCGGUUAGAGGAGGAGUCUGCGCAGCUGAAAGAGAUGUGUAGACGGGAGCUGGACAAAUCAGAGUCUGAGAUAAAGAAGAACGGUUCCAUCAUAGGAGAGUACAAACAGAUCUGCUCCCAGCUCAGUGAGCGUCUGGAGAAACAGCAGGCAGCCAACAAGGGAGAGCUGGAGAAGAUCCGGCUGAAAGUCGAAGGCUGUGAAAAGUGCUCCAUCCUGUUCAGCAAGGAGGGUCGUCUGAAGGCAGCGAGGAAGCUGAAGGAGGGCAUUGAGGAGGAGACGGACGAGGAGAAGGAGGCUCUGAAGAACCAGCUCCGAGAGAUGGAGCUGGAACUGGCCCAGACCAAACUACAGCUGGUGGAGGCAGAGUGCAAGAUACAGGACUUGGAGCACACCCUGGGUCUGGCUCUCAACGAGGUCCAGGCUGCUAAGAAGACCUGGUUCAACAGAACCUUAACCUCCAUCAAGACUGCGACGGGAGCACAGGGCAAGGAGACCACCUAACUUGAGACACUCCUUCUCGACCAUAGACUGUCUCCUUCUCCCCACCUUGCUCCCAAACCUCCCCCUCCCGCCCUCCCCCCCCUCCUCCUAGUCAGAGGUACCAUCCAGUCACUGGACUGGAGCAAACCAAACCUCACCGUGACACGACGGGGGUUUAAAAAAAAGGACUAAGCUCAAAGGUACCACUGACCCAAACGAAACAACGUACUUAAUUAAAAAAGAAAAGAGAGGUUUCAACGUUAGUCUUUAUACUACUGAUAUUUAACAGGUAAGGAAGGAGCUUUCUAGAGAGCUACCUGAACUGUCCUUCCAGACCUGGGAAAUACAAUCUAUUUUACUGUCCUCUCUAGACUGCUUGCACAAACAACUCCAACUGUAAUCUAAGUACUACGAGUGCUAACCGACAGCCUCUUGCUUUUUCUCGUUUCCGUUCUACGAUACCUUUCUUUUCUAUAUGUGUAUGAUUAUGAACACGCUCAUGUAUAGACGUGUGUCUGUGAAGACUGAGCACACCAGAGUGUAUGUAUGCGUGUGUUAGUGUGUGUGUGUGAACAUUUAGCCGAAUGUGUGUGUGUGUGCAUGUUUGUGUGUGCAUGUUUGUGUGACUGACUAUGGUUCUGAGUGUGUGGCGGUGAACCUGUGAAGCUCGGAGUGCGAGUUUAGUGUAUGAAAAGUGGGUGCUGUAUAGUGUGCGGAGGUUGGCGCUAUAUGAGGAGGAAGAGGAUCUUAUUGACGAAGCCUUGAUGCGAAGGGUUAAGGUGAACAUAAUGUACAGCAUAACAGUAGAUAUAUUAGCAACAGCCUGGGGUCUGUCCGGCCGGUUGUGCAGUAGCAGACGGAAGCCACUAGUGGGCGAUGUCCUGGUGGUCCUGACGCAGUCCUCACAAUGCGCUUUCUGGGCCGGGACAGGCUGGGCUCAAAGCAUGGGGGCUCCGAGGCUGGAGCUGCAGAUAUAGAGAUAUGGGUGUGGCCCUCCCUUGGCUCAGAUCCCACCCCACACACUCUUUCCCUCCACGGCUGUGUCUGAAAUGGCACGUUGGACGCGGCUCAUCACUCCUCCACUCUUGAGACCAGCUGCUCCUCUGGGGUUCCUAGAUGACCCCUCAUGACCUCAUCGGUCGAGGUUAUGUUUUAUGCCGUGUUAUUUUAGCUCCAGGUCCCCAGACCUAGUCAGUGACCCCACUCUCCCAACAUAGACGUAAACACACACAGACGUUACAGGCACCUACACUCUGACUCCACUCUCCCAAUGUAGACAUAGACAUAUACACAUCACAGCCAGCCACCUACCACCUACACUUCUGAAAAGGAGAGAAAUGGUGAUAUGCCACACGCAUGUCAUCUGGUCAUCAGUCACAGGCUGUGUGCUUAUGUGUGCACUCUUAUGUGGGAGACAGAGACAGAGGGUCAGACAGAGACAUAACUAUUGGGGCUCAUCAAAGUUCAGAGGUCGAUGGAGGUCAAGCUGGCAUUCUCCCUAAAGGAGUCUGGGGCACGUUGCGGGAUGUCAUGAACAGAGCUGACAUGAUUCCUUGUUUUACAUGUUUGCUCGACAUAAUAUAUUUCUAUCUGAACGCUCCCUGGUUAGAGCUCUGUGUCCAUAUUGGGGAAGGUCCUACUCUCUACUGACAGUCCGUGUGUGGGUUUGGGGUGGGAGGAGCGGUCUUUGCACCUUAAUAUUCAUAUUUAUAACUUAUGGGAUCCGGCUAAGCUUGCUUAAGUCUGUGUUGAUGUCAGUGGAAGAAGGCCUGUGCAAUGUGCUGAGAACAGAGGCUGCUUCUUAAGGCACUGGGUUGUACAUAAAAAGCAUUCUGAUGAUGAGUUUUUGUCUAUUCUUUUGUAUUUCUACUCUCCGCUGUACACUGUACUAAUUAAUAAUGUUGCCUAAAAUAAUUAAGGACUGUGUUACAGAUUAAUGAUGAUCAUAAUGUAUGUUUUUUUGCUCAAAGCUUCCUUUGCUUUAAAUGUCAGGCAAAACCUCUGUCUCAUCCAUAACAUGCCAAAAUGUACCUUCUUUCAUCCAACAUUACUGAACGUGUGGAACAUUGUACUAGUGUAGGUUGCAUUACUCUGCAUUUCAAUAUAAAGCUAUGAACACAG